GGCUACCCUCGCUCUGGUCGUCAUGGCAACACUUGCUAGCUCCGCCCCCUCGCCGGACUUCGGAAGCACCGAGACCGACAUGCCCAAACGCACCCACAAGAAUUUCCUCAGGUUCGGUCGUAACCAGAUUGUGGACGACGUGUAUGACAACUUGGUGACGCUGCCGCACUUUGAACUACAUCCGCUGCCGAGCAGCAAGCGCAAUAAUGCCGACCGCAACUUCAUCCGCUACGGUCGCGGAGAUCUGCGCAACAGAAACUUUAUCAGGUUUGGUCGUGGAGGUUCAGUUCACCCGUCUUCCCACCUGCCUAACCCCCACGCAGCCCAUGUCGUCACCCAACACCAUGACGAGUUCCCCCACUCUGAAGGCGAGGGCAAACCACAGAGCAGGUCUAAACGGUCCCUGGGGGAAGGGGGUAACCUCUCGACUCACGAGGAAAGGGAACACCUCGGGGAGAGGGGAAAACGUGCCCUCCCCAACCUCAUGGCCCUAGUGAACAACCACGACAUCUCGGCGCCCCUCAACUGGCUGCCCGACACUGAUGACAUGGCGGGCUUCCGCUACGACGACUCCUCAGAGUUUGAGGAGGACCACGACGAGGAUGACCUCAUGGCGCUGCAGGAGAUCCAGAAGCGUCAGUUUCCCCUGAACUUCGUGCGGUAUGGACGUGAACCCAGCGACUGGAACUUUAUUCGAUUUGGGAAGCGCGGCGACGGCAGCGACGAAGAAUUUGGCAUCGGAGGCGAUCUCGCCUCGCCCCUGUCGGAAUUCGACAGUAUCGCUAACGCUCGCAACAGAAACUUCAUCAGAUUUGGUCGCCGAUAGUUAUGGCAACACUCUAUAUCUGGGAA